AGACACUCUUCCUCUAAUUCUGUUUGAUUUCUGACUUCAGGGUGAUAUAGCCAAUCCAUUAUUGGACACAACACCCGAGACGGUUCGGGAAAUAACGUACAAACCUCCCGUGUUCUCUCUGUCCAACAUGGUUGCUCUGCAGAGCAGCGCCACUGAGAAGGCGUAUCUCAGGACGUUGUUCAAUCCCACCGCUGUUCCUUUCGACACGUCGGCACCGAUGGAGGUACACGUCACAAAGGAGCUGAGCAAUCCUCAUAGCAGAGCCAAGAAGCAAGCACGCUGGCAGGCUGCUAUGAACCGCAAGAGCACGCUCUUCAAGAAGUUCAUUGCACAAGAACUCAGGAAUCUCAAUGGUCGGUCUAUUCGGGAUGCGCGUGCAGAAGCUGCUUUCAAGUACCGGCAAACGUUGGAGAAUGAGCGGAGGGCGGAGAAGAAGCGGAGGUGGUUGACCAAGGAACGCGUUGCGAAGAUGGAGAGGAAUUCUAAGCGCAAGGUAAGGAAGGCGGAGAAGCAGAAGGAGAAGCUCAACCAGUUGGUCCUGCGGGAUGCGCCAAACCAGUUUAUUCCUGGCAAGUCUGCGAGGAGACAAGAGGCAUGAUUGUGUAUCGGAUGAUGCUUCUAGCUAUAGAGUACACGCUUGGUUAUUG